AUGUCCAAUAAUGUGAAUCGAAACUGGGUGCCAUCUGAAAGCGUUCCAAACGCGGUCGAAAACAAACGAAACGCGUAUAGCAUUCACAAAGGAAGUCAAGAUGAUCUAGAGCUUAGUAACGUUUAUCAAUAUUCUCAGGUCCUGCAGUUAGAACAUGCAGUGACGAACUUCCUCGAAUAUUUUAAUAAGAUCAUCCAGCUCUCUCCGAAUUAUAAAGUCUACUUGGAGAACGUAGAUUCAUUGAAGACCACUAGUGUUGAGAUUCUUCCUGCUAUGCUGAGGCAUAAGCUUAAGUGCGCUGCUGAACUGGCAUCACUCAAUGAACUUGGAAAACUGCCGUUGCUGGAUGAGUUAAAUGCAUACGAAUCAAAAUUUUCCGCUGCUGACAGAAAGCCCGUUUUGCAAGAAUUGAAUGGAAGUGACAUUAAAAAGUUAUCUGCCUCGGUGAAUAACGAGAUGGUCAAGCACUGGAAUGAAGUAUCUAAAAAAGCACAGGAAGAUGAGGAGGAAGAUGAGGAAGAGGAUGGUUACGAACCGGAUGAGAGCAAAAAGAAGUGGCCCCCCAAACUACCAGAAAUCAAGAACUCGGCUAUUAGGGCCAGGGUGUUUAUUCACAAAUCAAUCAUUAACGAUAAGCUGUACUUGUCUGAACACGACAUGAUAAAGGCGCAUAACGAACGUUUGGAAUUUCUAGGUGAUUCGAUUUUGAACACUACCAUAACUAUGAUCCUGUACAAUAAGUUUCCGCAUCUUAGCGAGGGCCAGCUUUCAAAACUCAGGAUGAAACUCAUCAGCAAUGAGCGGUUGAAAAAGUGGUCUUUUCUCUACAAGUUUAACGAGAAGCUUAGAACUAACAUUGAUAAAUCAUGUGAAACCAAUGAGUUCAAGCAAGGGAAGCAAAAGUUAUACGCCGAUGUUUUUGAAGCCUAUAUUGGUGGUUUACUAGAGGACGAUCCUAAGCAUAACCUUCCAAGAGUGCGGAAAUGGCUCAGUAAACUGGCUCUCCCAGUAAUAGAAGAAGAGGUAAAGAAAGAUGACGACUUGGACUUGACCGAAGUAGAUGUCAACUCCAAGAAGACAUUGUAUUCUUUGAUCGGCUAUGCCGCUCUAAAUUUACAUUACAAACCGGUUCAAAAGCCCACAUCCGAGAACCCUAUUGCUCUUGUGGAGUGCCGUAUUAAAGACGGUACUGUACUAGGCGUGGGGAAAGGGAAAAAUAUAAAGACAGCGGGCAUGAGGGCAGCUCAACAGGUUCUCCGCAAUAAACCUCUAAUAGAAAAGUAUGCAAGCUUUAGAGCUGCGGUUCCUAGGUCAGAUUCUGUGGUGAAAAAUUUAGCUGGGAACAAGCGCCCUAACCAGGCAGAUGAUUUUGACGGCUAUACUUCCAAAGAACAUCCUUCGAAAAGGGCCGAUCAGGGUUUAAAGUCAUCUUCAAGCAAGAUAGUUCCUAAUGCAGAUGGUUCAUUAAGUUUAAUAUAG